UUAAAAAAAAAAAAGCCGUAACAGCCAACCUUGUCCAUUUUAAAUAGACAACUAUUUGAUAAUGAGACAUUUAGCAUGAUACCGAAGAGAAUUAAUUUUGCUCCUACACUAAUGCUGGAGGAAGCAAUUCGCUUUUAUGCCGAUUUCAAGGAUGCUAUAAUCAAGAUUCAAGCAAUGUUAUUUUGGAUUUCUCCAGAGUCUGGUAACCACACUGAAAAUUUGUUAAAGCUCCAACAGAAACUUAUUUCCAAGAAGACAUGUGACAAAUUGUUUAUGAAAGUGGAUUGUGACUCUAUUGGAGAAUACAUAAGAGUGCCAAGUUCGUAUGGUCCCCAAGUGAUUUUUAACCACAAGGAGUAUGGCAUAAGGAGUAGACAUGGUCUUGAGAUGGACACUCAGCCAUUAGUCAGCACCAGUGAGAUGGUGGUGAUUUUAGUUAUUGUGUAUUAUUUAUUGGACUUAUCAUAUCAAUCUUGUUUUGGGCAGCUGCUUGGUUUUUUUCAAGAGAUAUGUGAAUUUGAACAAUUUAUUUUUAAAUCAAAAAAGUGCACUGCACUGUUGAACUCUUUUCGGAAUAAUGUAAAGUUUAUUUGAAAUAUAUAUGCAUGAUCCUAAACUACACGA